AUGUUAGGACGUAGUGUAAUAGUGAUUUUGUUGACAUCAACCAUUGUCAUCGCAGGAAUUGAAGAUAUUGCAUUUAGACAGCAAGGUCUACAAAAUAUGAAAAAUAACUCAAUGUGCAAAACAUUUAAUCAAACUGCUGACAAGAGAAUUUUUGGAGGAGAAACAGCAAUUUUAGGACAAUUUCCAUAUCAAGUGUUGAUCUAUGUUGUGAGCAAUGUCAAUGACACAUGCUGUAAAAUCACAUUACUUUCGUAUGUUUCAGACACGAAGUGUGGAGGAUCUCUGAUUGAUGAAUUUUGGGUCUUGACGGCAGCUCACUGUUUUCCAGAUUCAUUUCAUCAUGUCGAAUUAAAAUUCGGAGUUAUUAGCACUAGAUGGUCAGUGUAUGAAGCAACAGUUCCAAGUCAUAAUGUUAAAAUUCAUAAAGGUUACAGCAAGUCACUUCAUGAAAAUGACAUUGCAAUGAUUCAAAUUCCAGAGGCAAAUUUUGGACUACUUAACUAUCCUUAUGUUGAUGUGAUUGAACUUCCAGGAAGGGAUGAUAAUUUUGUUGGAAUUAAUGCAACUGUUUCUGGAUUUGGUCGAACUGAGAAAGGGAAGAGUGAUGUCUUAAAGUAUGUCGAUUUGCAAGUCAUGGAAAAUACAGAAUGUUCAAAAAGUUAUUCAAAUGUUAAGAUUCUUGAUUCACAUGUUUGCGGAAGGUCAACGACAAAGACUGGAAUGUGCUUUGGAGAUUCUGGAGGUCCAUAUGCUGUUAAAGAACACUGUAGAAACAUUUUCGUUGGUAUUGUGUCAUUUGGUACAGCUGAUUGCGAAAGUGAAUAUCCUGAUGUAUUUACAAGAGUUUCAAAUUAUCUGGAUUGGAUCAAUGAAGUCAUGAAAAGUUCAUCACAACUUGUUGCUAUUAAUAAAAUGAUUUUUGUUCUAACAUUAAUUGUGAUUUUGUAUUAA